UGGUCCCCAAGAGAGUCACUUUCUGCUGCCAUUUCAAGUGCAAUAUACUCAUGUGAUGGUCUACUGGUAUUUUCCGGAUUCCGUGAUGGUGCUAUUGGAAUUUUUGAUGCGGACAGUUUGAGGCUUCGAUGUCGGGUUGCUGCCUCUGCUUACAUAUCUUCCUCUGUUGCCAGGUAUGCUAAAGUGCCAUGGGUUUUUGGCACUUCAAUGGUUAGAGCAUGUCAUUUGUUUCAAGGACUUGUUGAGACCAACUGUGGCACUGCCUUUCCUGUGGUGAUUGCCGCCCACCCAUCUGAUCCCAACCAAUUUGCUCUCGGGAUGAGUGAUGGUGCAGUUCAUGUGAUCGAGCCAUCUGACGCGGAGCCAAAGUGGGGUGGUUCAGCUCCUCAAGAAAAUGGAACUCUACCUUCGGUUCCCUCGAAUUCUGCGCUGAAUAGCCAGCCAUCCGAAACCCCUUCUAGGUGA